ACUCAAAAUCUGAACACUACUCCUUCCCAACCAACCUUCCCAUCUUUCCUACCAUUCCUUCUAAAUACUAUCUCCUUCACAAAUCAACCAAAUUACCCUCCUUUCCUAUCAUGGUUUCACUUUUUCAUAUCAAUCUAAUUUGUUCUUCCCUUUCUAAUUGAAAACUUUUCCAAAUUUAGAAUCAAAAAUACCCAAAAAGACACCAAAUAACAAAAAUGAGCUUUCUUUCCCUCCAAAUCUUCCUCCUUUCCUUCUCCCUUUUAGUUUCCAACUUACCCUUUUUAGUAACUUCACAAUCUCCUUCUUCAGAGCUAGAAAUCCUUUUAAAAGUCAAACAACAAUGGAGGAAUCAACCUCCAAUGGAUUCAUGGAGUUCCACCAUUUCUCACUGUGACUGGCCUGGUAUUAACUGUACUGAUGGUAAAACUGUCACUGGAAUUUCCCUACAUAGCCAAAACAUUAUGGGUGAAAUCCCACCAUCCAUUUGUGAUCUUAAAAAUCUCACCUUUCUUGAUCUUGGUAACAAUAGUAUCCCAGGAAAUUUUCCCACUGUUUUAUACAAUUGUACCAAGCUUCAAAGUUUAGACCUUUCUUUUAAUUACUUUGUUGGGGAAUUACCAAAUGAUAUAAAUAAGCUUUCUUCUAAUCUUCAAAACCUUUCUAUUAGUGAAAAUAAUUUCACUGGUGAUAUCCCAAUUUCAUUAGGUCAACUAACUGGCUUAAUCUCUUUGUAUAUGGAUUCCAAUAAGUUUGGAACAUUCCCUUCUGAGUUGGGCAACUUGGAAAACCUUGAGAAAAUGGCAUUGGCUCAUAACUCAUUUUCUAGCAUGAGUUUGCCCAAAGAAUUAGGAAAGCUCAAGAAAUUGAAGUUUCUUUGGAUGAGUUCUUGUAAUUUGAUUGGUGAAAUCCCUAAAGAUUUUGCUAAUUUAACAAGUCUUGAGCAUCUAGAUUUAUCAACUAAUACUUUGGUGGGUGAAAUUCCAAGUGGGUUGUUCUUAAUUGAAAACUUGACUUAUUUAUACUUGUAUAAGAACGGGCUAUCUGGGUCACUUCCUGCCUCAAUAAAGUCCCAAAAUUUGGUAGAAUUUGAUGUAUCUGUGAACAAUUUGACAGGGCCAAUCUCUGAAGAUUUUGGUAAAAUGUCAAAUUUAGAGAUAUUCUUUUUGUUCCAAAACCAAUUCAAUGGAACAAUACCCCACAGUUUAGGCAAGCUUCCUUCUUUAAUCAAGUUAAGGGUUUUUCAAAACAGGUUUACAGGUACAAUUCCUCCAGAAAUGGGACUACACUCGAAGCUCAUCGACAUCGAUUUUUCGAACAAUGGGUUAACCGGCCCACUACCGGAGCAUCUUUGCUCCGGUGGGACGAUAAUUGGUGUUGUAGCAUUCAACAAUCAUCUAAAUGGGUCAAUCCCAAAUGGUUUAGGCCAGUGCAAUAGUUUGAUUGCUGUUCAUCUCUAUAACAACAGUAUGACAGGUGAUGUUCCUGAUGGGUUAUGGACUUCUCCGCAUAUGAUGCAGUUAUUACUCCAUAACAACCAAUUUUCAGGUAAAUUACCUGAGAAUUUGGCUGUUAAUUUGAGUUUGAUUGAUAUAAGCAACAACAAGUUUUCUGGGAAAAUCCCCAGAAGUGUAAGUACUGGUUGGAGGAAUUUACUGGUUCUUAAAGCUAGCAAUAAUUUGAUCAUGGAUACUGUUCCAUUGGAAUUAACUAGUCUUCGUGUUCUUAACACACUUUUGCUUGAUGGGAAUCAACUCACAGGUGAAUGUCCUUCACAAAUUAUUUCAUGGGUAAGAUUAAAUACAUUGAAUCUGGCUCAUAACCAGCUUUCUGGGUCAAUUCCUUCAGUUCUUGGGUUAUUGCCUGGACUUAAUUAUCUUGAUUUGUCUGAUAAUCAAUUUUCUGGGCAAAUCCCAUUUGAAUUAGGCCAAUUACAGUUCACUUUACUCAAUUUAUCUUCCAAUCAUCUUACUGGGAGAAUCCCAUAUAGGCUUGAUAGUGAUGCUUACAAUUCUAGUUACUUAAACACUUACUUGUGUUCUAGCACUGGUCUUUUAGCCCUCCCGAAAUGCUCGAUUCAUAACCCGAAUUUGUCCCCCAAAUAUCUUGCUUUGAUCAUUGUUCUUUCAGUUCUAGCAAUUUUAGCUAUUUUAUACUUUGUAGUUUUUGUUAGGAGUGAAAUUAGGAAAAGGAUGGAUAAGGAAAAUGAAGAAACAUGGAAAUUGACCUCUUUUAGUAAGCUAGAAUUCACAGAAGAGAAAAUAUAUAAUAGCUUAGAAGAAAACAAUGUGAUUGGCUACGGAGGAUCUGGUAAAGUUUACAAGAUACCCAUUAAUCAAAGUGGGGAUGUGGUUGCAGUUAAGAGGAUAUGGAACGAGAAGAAAAUGGAUAAGAAUUCGGAAAAGGAGUUUAAUGCAGAAAUUCAGAUUUUGGGUACUAUAAGGCAUGCUAAUAUAGUGAAGUUACUUUGCUGUAUUUCGAGUGAGAAUUCGAGAUUACUCGUGUACCAGUACAUGGAGAAUCAGAGCCUUGAUAAGUGGAUUCACUCGAAUAAAACUCGACCUAUCUCAUCGAUCAAUGGGGUUGUUCAUGAUGUAGUUUUAGAUUGGCCUGCUAGAUUGAAGAUUGCAAUUGAUGCUGCUCAAGGAUUAAGUUAUAUGCACAAUGACUGUUCACCUCCUAUAAUUCAUAGGGAUGUGAAGUCUAGUAAUAUUUUGUUAGACUCUGAGUUUAAUGCAAGGAUUGCUGAUUUUGGGUUAGCUAGGAUUUUGUCUAAGCAUGAAGGGCUUUACACAGUCACUGCUGUUGCUGGUUCUUUUGGUUACAUGGCACCCGAAUAUUGUCGCACACCCAAGGUAAAUGAGAAGAUUGACAUAUACAGUUUCGGAGUAGUACUCCUUGAGCUAGUGACAGGAAAAGAGCCUCAUAUCGGGGAUGAGUUCUCGAGCCUUGCAGAUUGGGCAUUGAGAUAUUACUCUGAGGGACAUCCAAUUGAGGAUGCCUUAGACAAAGAAUUGAGGCAACCCUGCUAUUUGGACGAGAUGAUCCUUGUGUUCCAGAUAGGUCUGAUAUGCACCAGUAAAUCACCAGACCAUCGGCCACCUAUGACUGAGGUCUUGCGGUUGCUUCAACAAAAAAAGAGUUCCGAAAAUUUCGGACGUGUCAAAGAAAUGAAAGACCGCGAAUUUUCACCUCUUCUUGGGGGUGAAGUCUACUUCUUGAGCUGUAAAUCCAGCAAGAGAACAGUAGACGAAGAUGUCUAUAACAAGGUCUAAAUUAUUUGGCUUAUGAUAUCAAUGCCUUAGAGCAAACACAUGAUUGUUUAUAUGGCUUGACCGUCAUGAAUGCUCGAUUUGGGUUCAGAAGGAGAACAAGUCUUUGGUCUUCCGGGAUCUUUCUCUAGGUAAAACAUAUGUCUCUAUGUUCUGAUCUUUAUGUUGUUACUUGGACAUGAAACUCAUAUCCCAUAGUAUGAAUCUAAUAGUCAGAUUGUCAAGAAACCAACUCAAUUAAAAGCUUAAAUUAAUGGUUAUAGUUCAGUGAUAUGUUAUAUACUCAAUCACGCCCCAACUCAAUUGAAACAUAGGUCAUGUCCAUACUCAACCACUUGAAAUGAAGGGUGAAUGAGUUUUAAACUCAUGACCUUUUGUCACGGUUGCUCUAAUACCAUGUCAAGCAACCAACCCAACCAAAAACUUAAGUUAAUGGUAUUAUACUAAAAUUCGGUAUAUACUCUAUCACAAAUUCCGAAGUACAUAUCCUGAUAUCCAACACGUGUAUGUGUCCACAUCUCGGGCUAGAUCACUUAUAUAUCAUGUCAUCGUAUUAUAUAUGAUUAUGUCAAUAAACUGAAGCUACUAGAAUAAGCUGACAAUUUAGAAUUGCAGAACACUCGCAACAAACAAAGUGGAUCAUAGAUGAGUUGAAAGAGCCGUGGUAUUUGGAACUGUGAAAGAGUUGAACGUGACUUCAUAAUAAGGCUAAGUAGCUAAGGUGCAUCCAUGAAUAUAUCCUUUCAAGCUUAGACGGGAGUCAAUUAGUGAUACUCGACUAAUAAAAUAUAUCAUCAUCAUAUUCGAUGUAUUCCACUCAUAAGAAUUAUGAUUAGGAUUUAGGAAAGGAAUGAAGACGGCAAGUCGACAACCUAUAUCUAUAGAGCACGAUGCAGCCAAAGAGUGUCGGUUCAAUAAAAAUUCUCAGAAAGAGAUUCCUGCAAUGAAAAGAACUGAGUGAAACUGAAUCCAAAAAUACGCAUCUUACUGCUGGUCUAAUGAAAUGUUGUUGAGAAAGGAAAUAAUAAGUCGCUCAUCUGAUAUAAUAAUUUUUUAAAUAGAUUUAUUUGAUAUUAAUUUGUAAAUUAAUACUUAAAUAAACAAUUAAUAAAGGAAACUAUUAGAAUUCUUAGUAGUUUAGUAUAUUAUUCAUAUUUCAUGUUAGUAAGCAUUAACAAAGGCUCUUAAUAGAUGAGGAAUUUACUCACACCACUAUAAUAAUGUGAAAAUUUUUAGAAUAAUACGUGUAUGAAUCUCAAUAGAUCUAAAUAAUUAAGACAUGUUAUUAUUUGAGGCCAUGAAAAUGUAUAGUAUUUACUACUUAAGCAGGAAAAUGCCAAGACAGUUGGCUAAUUAAGUUCUCUAAUCAUGUCUUAAUGACUAAAACCAAUUUUAGUUGUCAUUACUUGCCAAAUUAGUCAACAAUGGAAGCGAUAAUCACUAAUGAAUUAAAAAUAGUUUCAAAAAUACAUUUAGGCCAUUUGAAUAUUCAAUUUUCUCAUUCUUCAAUGGUUGUCUCUUUCUCAAUAAUUUAAAAAGUUGACUUCCACAAAAAAAUAAUGAUAGAGGCAUAGCAAUGUGAAUUGCUAACCACUUUCCUUUUGUCUUUUUAUAUUAUGGAUUCACACUUAUUCCUUGAUCAAUCGAAAAUAAUAUAUAUUUUUUUUAAAGUUAUUUUUAUUUAUAAUUUUAGAUUGUUCUAUUUGUUGUCCUCAUUAUUUAUAUCACAAAUUUUGGACAAAAUUAGCAUUGUUCAUCUUUAUUUAAUAUUUUAAUAAUGCUUAUUAUCCUCACAUAUCUUUCACUAACUUUAUU